AUGCAUUUGACUUCCUAUCAUUCCUAUGCCGUGCUGGCAGCUGCAAUCGCUCCAGCUGCAGCCAGUACUUACCAUCAUACCAACCAAUCUCUCGUUUCUGACAUUGAUUUUAUAUCAAAGCGCUGGGGUCAGAUUAGCACUUACUACGACAACCCUGCCAAUGCUUUUGGUGUCAAGGAUGUCGGUCUUCCUGCUGGCUGCCAGGUCGAGCAAGCUCACACUCUCCAACGCCACGCACAGCGCUUUCCUACCGACUAUGUCGACGAUGGAGCUUUGGCGGAAGCUUUUGCUGAAAAGCUUGCCGAGUUCAAGGCUGCUGCCAACUCGUCGGCUACUUUCUCCGGUCCCUUAUCUUUCCUAAACUCUUAUGUGUAUCAGAUGAAUGAAAGCUACCUUACCGGUAUCGGAGCUCGCACUGAGUUCAAUUUGGGCGUCGACUUCUGGAACAGAUAUGGACGCAUUAUUUACAAUGCUUCUGCUGGUCAGGUUGGAUACGAGACUGAUUACACCAAUGGCACCGCCAGACCCAAGUCCGUUCUGCGUACGACGUCCCAAUCUCGUAUUCGCGAAAGUCAGAUCAAUUGGGCCCUCGGCUUCUUUGGUCCUACUUACGAAAAGGUCCCCGACCCUCAAUUGACCGACUAUACCUCUGGUGAUCUGUUUGACCUUGUCAUUAUUCCCGAAGGCGGCACUGAGAACAACACCCUUGCAUCUUACGACUCGUGUUUCAAUGACUUCAUUACUGGAAUUGGUGACCUUGGUGAUCAGGAUGUCUUUGUCUACAUCCCGAGAUAUCUCCAAAAUGCGACUGCUCGUCUCCAGCAACAUGUUCCUACUGAUUUCAAGCUGUCAAACAACGACACUUAUGCCAUGCAGCUGAUCUGCGCCUAUGAGCAUGGCUUCAUUGGAAUGUCUGACUUCUGUGACUUCUUCACCGCAGAUGAGUGGAACGGCUUUGAGAACACCCUUGACAUGGCUUACUACUACGAUUAUGGCUUCGGCAAUCCUACCGGCAGAGCCCAGGGCAUUGGCUACCUUCAAGAGCUUCUCGCACGUCUGACACACCAAUAUAUCACCGUCUCCAACAGUUCAGUAAACAGCAGCAUCACCAACAACUCUCGCGACUUUCCCCUCGACCGCCCCUUCUAUGCCGACUUCAGUCACGACGACAUCAUCAUCAGUGUCCUCACAGCCAUGUCAUUGGACUACUUCCGCGACCCUCCCAGCUUGACCCAAUUCCCACCCAACCCUGACCGUCACUUCGUCCUCUCCAAAAUGACUCCCUUCGGCGGCCAUCUCGUUACAGAAGUCAUUGGCUGUUCCUCCCCCAACCCUACCGCUGUUUCCAAAGAGCGCGUCCAGUACUACCCGGAGCAAUAUGGCUACAGUGCCUCCAACGCGACCCACAAAUUCAUCCGUAUGCGCCUUAACAACGGCAUCUUGCCUCUGGAUACUCUCAGGGGAGGCGCUUGUGAGGGACGUACUGAUGGCAUGUGUGCGCUUGACAAAUUUGUGGCUAGUCAGAAUGAGUCGUAUGCGUUGAGCAAUUAUGACUAUGCUUGUUUCGGCAACUGGACUAUUGCGAACACUACUAACGGGUUUGAUUAUGAUGGUACUGUGUAUCUUGGUCAGGCUGGCAUUUUGGAGAACACUCAGCCUAGUAGUGAUGAUGAGUAG